CCACGCCAUUUCCACAAUUCAGCACGACGUUAUCCCUGAGCACGGGGGGCCAUUCCACCCAUGUUUCGAAAUCCCCGAGAAAACCAGGCGCUCCCUGACUCUUCACGAUUGGCACCAUCGACUGGCCGCCCUCCCUCGCCACCCCACUCUUCACACGAAUACCUCCCUAUGGCUACUAAGGCUACGACGAAGAACCCGCCCCCAAUGCCCAAAGCUACUACAGCUCCACCAAAGAAAACGCAGACGACGCUCGUGUCAACUCAAUGGGGCAAGAAGUCCCCAGCCAACAAUGGCAGGAAUAAGAAGCCCCUACCCGCGUCCAAUGGCAACAUCAUGGCGUUCUUCAAGAAGGCUGAAGACAUCAACAAUCGAAUAUUCUUGGAGGAACGAGGAUCGAACCCCACGCUUAUCCUUGAUGAGGUGGAGGAAGAUGUCGGUUGGAGUGAUGAAUUGGCGAAAGGUGCCAUGACAUUAGACAACGGUCAGGACCGUUACAAUGAGAACAACGGCAGCGUCAAGAAGAGAAAAAUUAGCCAGGAAGUUGCCUUGCCUAGGUGCAGCCUAUCUCUGAUGGAGAAAGAGGCAGACGCUACCCUGAUCACGCCUUCACCAGAUACACCCGUGCCCGCACCGAAGAUACACAAGAAGUCGGGUCCGUUUGUGGACGACUCUGAGUCCGAAGACGAUGAGACUAGCUUGGUCCCACAAAGACAAGGUAUGAUCAAGUUACACACAAGCGCAGAGCUGCCAUGUUCUGAACAAUUGGAGGAGUCUAUACCCGUACAUUGCCCUGAAAUUCACGUAAAUAAUGCAUCACCACCAUUGAAAACCGAGCCGACAUCUCAGCUGGAAGGCGAAACUCCCGAAGAAUACGAGGGUUUGGAGGACGACGAGUUACUUGAAGGCGAGGAAUACGACGAACGACGGUGGAUGAAGGAGCAAAGGAAACUGGAGAUGGAAGAUGCAGGUUUUGAAGGUGACUCCGCCGACUUCGAUGCACCAAGCCUCUUUCCCGACGAUGAAACUAGCACAGUUCUGGGCCGGACACUAGAAGAUAGCGGAGAAGCACCUUCAUGUCCGAUAUGCAGCAGUAAUUUGAAGGGCUUAACGGAACAAGAUGUUUCAACACACGUAAAUGCUUGCUUGGACGGCAACCCGAUUCCUCUCCCUAGUCUAAAGCAGGUCAAACAGGAAGACACACCGACCUCUACGAUCAAUGAGAAGGUCUUCAAACGUCCGCCACGGCCAGCAAAACCGGCACAAGCAAACCCAUUUCAGCUUGGAGAGCCUAGCACCCAACCAAAGUCAGCUUUCUCCAAGUUGAUGGCAGGCCACGCCGAAGAUGCUGCAUGGGCUACUGCCGCAGCAGACCAGAAUGCAUCAAGAGGAAAGCCAGCAUUUGAACGCACGUGUCCGUUCUAUAAGAUCAUGCCUGGCUUCUUCGUCUGCGUGGAUGCAUUUCGAUACGGAGCUGUCAAGGGUCAAAACGCGUAUUUCCUCAGUCAUUUUCACAGCGAUCACUACAUUGGUUUGACUUCAACCUGGUCUCACGGCCCGAUCUAUUGCAGUAAGGUUACUGCCAAUCUCGUGCGCCAGCAACUGCGCGUCGAUCCGAAGUGGGUAGUGGGUUUAGACUUUGAAGUGAAGGCCGAGAUUCCUGGAACUGAGGGAGUCCAUGUCACGAUGAUAUCAGCAAAUCACUGCCCUGGUAGCUCCCUUUUUCUGUUCGAGAAAGAGACUGGCAAAGGGAAGAACCCACGACUACAGCGAGUGUUGCACUGCGGGGAUUUCCGUGCUUGUCAGGCGCACAUUGAACAUCCGCUUCUCAGAUCCGACGUUCUAGAUGCCGUCAGCGGAAAGAAUAGACAGCAGAAGCUCGACGCUUGCUAUCUAGAUACCACUUAUCUCAACCCAAAGUACGCUUUUCCGCCUCAGCAACAAGUCAUCCAAGCUUGCGCCGAUAUGUGCGUCAGUCUCAAUAAAGCACGCGCAGAUGACAAGGAUGGCUGGGAGCAGAUGAAGCGUGAUCGUGCCGGCCAAGGUAUGGUCAAAUUUGUCCGCAAAGAUGGAGACAACGACAACAACGAAGAUGUCCCCAAGAGCCCACAACGAGGCCGCCUGCUCGUCGUUGUAGGCACUUACAGUAUUGGUAAAGAACGUAUAUGCAUCGGUAUUGCGAAGGCCUUGAACAGCAAGAUCUAUGCACCCCCAAACAAGCAGCGCAUCUGCCGUGCACUUGAGGAUCCCGAGCUUGACGCACUCUUAACAACUAACCCUCGCGCCGCUCAAGUCCAUAUGACACCACUCUUUGAAAUCCGCGCCGAAACCCUCGAUGACUACCUCCGUGAUUACGCUGACACGUAUUCCCGUUGUGUUGGCUUCCGACCCUCAGGCUGGAACUAUCGCCCACCAAACAGCCGGUUUGUCGAGUCGCCGGCUGUGCAGACCGUCCUACACUCGCAGAACUGGAAGAGCAGCUUUGCGAUGAAGGAUUUGGCCCCGCAGCGUGGCAGCACGAAAACGGCAAGUUGUUUUGGUGUGCCAUAUUCCGAGCACAGCAGCUUUAGGGAGUUGACGAUGUUCUGUUGUGCGCUGCGGAUUGACAAGAUCAUCCCGACGGUGAAUGUAGGGAAUGCGAAGAGCAGAGAGAAGAUGAAGCAGUGGUGCGAGAGGUGGGCGGUGGAUAAGAAGAAAAAUGGCUUGUUCAAACUGGAGGAGGAUGGAAGUAGUUGGUGAGUCAGGUCUUGGUUUAUUGACUCCUAGUGAAUACAGUAUCAACA